CAUUUCUCGGUCUGCCACUUAGCUUGUCAUUGACUAAAGACUUAAAUUCUUGAUUAAUUGCAAGCCAAGUGUUACCUACAAUCAAAAUCAGUUGCUGGUGCAAAAUGGAAAAGCUGUUGAGUACCUACAUUCAGGAAGCUCUGGACUUCUACUCUAUUGGCAAGUGGGCCGAUUUUAAGGGGACCCUGGAGAAGGGCAUUGCCAAGUGCACGACUCCGUAUAGCUCCUACGACAACGACCUGGCCAAGGCCUACGCCCUGCUGGCUGCCCACCACACCAACCAUGCCUUCAAGAGAGUCAAGUGCCGGACGGCCUACCAGGCCAUGGCAAUAAACAACUUCGAUCAGCUGGACAGCCUGGGCCAGCGGGAGGAUCCGCACCUGCAGGUGACCAAGGGCUACCUCUGGAUGCUCUCGUCCAGCAGAGCCCAGGAGGCCGAUGCCCUGUUCAUCCGCGUGCUCCGGAAGCAGCGCAGGAACAUUUUGGCUCUGAUAGGACGAGCGUGCCUGGCCUAUAACCGCCAGGAUUGUGGGGCUCUGGGCUACUUCAAGAGUGUCCUGAUGAUCCAGCCCCAAGGACCGGUGGACGUGCGGGUGGGCAUUGGGCACUGCUUCCGGAUGAUGGGUGAACUGGAAAAGGCUCGUAUGUCGUUUCAACUCGCUUUGGAGUACAACGCUCAGUGUCAGAACGCCCUGCUUGGCUUGGCUCUAAUAAAGCUGAACCAACGCGAGGAGCAGACCUACCAGGAGGGCAAGAUACUGCUGGCUGCAGCCUUUGACCUAAACAAGCACAACCCAGAUGUGCUCAGCAUCCUCGCCAGCCUGUACUACUUGGACGGGAACCAUAAAAUGGUGUGGUGUCUGGCGGGAAACGCCCUUCGGUCCACCGACAGCAAGCAGAUGGAGUCGCUGAACUACUUCCAGAUAGCCAAGAGUUACCACGCCACAGGGCAACUCGAAUCGGCCAAGAAAUUUUAUGUGCUCUCAGUGAAAGUCGCGCCCGAAGGAUACGUCCUGCCCUAUGUGGGCAUGGCCCAAAUGUAUCUGACUGAGGGCGAACUCCAUAGAGCCAAGGCCUGUUUGGAGGCGUUCCUCCAGCACGAACCCGACGAGCCCGUGGUAAUGGGACUGUUGGCCAAAGUAUAUCUCGAGGAAAGAUCCCCGGGACAAGUCGAUAGGGCCAUUGAGAUGCUAGUCAAGGUGGUGCAAAGUCGCCGGGAUUACAACAGCUGGUUGAGCCUGGCAUUUGCAUGCGAGCAAAAGCGGCUUUGGGCCCAGACCGUCAGUGCCUACCAGAAGGCCAUUUCCAUUUACUCGGCUCAGGGACAUCACGUACCGAUUGAGUGGCUCAACAACCUGGCCAACAGCCAGCUGAUGGCCCAAAUGCCAUCGCAGGCACUCGAAACCCUCGACGCGGCCCUUUCCAAGUGCAGAACCUCGAAUGGCGAUCACAAGACAACUAAUCUGCUCACACUGCACUACAAUCGCGGUCUAGUUCUGGAGGAGCUGCACAGAUUCGACCUGGCCGAGGAGAACUACAAGGGCAUUAUCAAGGGCUAUCCCACCUACUACGACUGCUAUUUGCGAUUGGGGGUGAUGGCGAUGCAGAAGAACGAGCUCUCCCACGCCAUCGAGUAUUUCAAGGAUGUCCUGAACGAGGACAACUCCAGUCUGACAGCCAGAACCUAUAUGGGCGACUGCUUCAACAGGCUGAGCCUGGACAAGUAUGCUACCUUCAACUACAACAUGAUCCUUGCCAGCCAGUCCAAGUUCAAGGACACCUAUGUCACCAUGGCGAUGGGCAACUUCUGUCUCAAGAAGUUGCAGACUUGGAUGGCUGGAGGAAACUUCAGAGCGGCCCGCAAACAGCAAGAAAAAGCCCUUCACUUCUUUGGAACAGUGCUCGAUUGCAAUCCCAGGAACCUGUGGGCAGCCAACGGCAUCGGAGCUGUGCUGAGCAGUUGCAAAAACCUAUCAGCUGGUGCUGCCAUCUUUACGCAGAUUAUCGAGUCUGGGAACAAGUGUCUUCCCGCCAUACUGAACUCGGCCCACAUAGCGCUCGAACGUGGCCAAUACAGGCUGGCCAUACAGACCUACGAGCGAUGUCUGAAGGACUUUCUUCCCAAAAACUGUGUGGACGUCAUGCACUACUUGGCCAAGGCUUUGUACGACGAGGGCAGUACCCGGCAAGCCAAGAAGUGGCUGCUCAAAGUCCGCCACUUGGCACCCCAGGAUCCAUUUGUGAUCUUUAACUUGGCCCUGACGAUCAAGAAGGAGGCUGAUCAAGCGUUGGCUCUUCCACGCCCCCAACUGCAUGAGCUCCAGAGCAUCGAGGAGGAGCUCAAGGUGGCAUACAUUUAUUUUUACCAUUUAAAUCUCAAUUAUCCCAAAAUCUCGGUGCAUGCGACUGCGAAGUGCGCCAACGAAUGUCAGAACUUAAUGGCCGACUUGGUGGUUAAGCAAGAUCGCGUGCGCGAAUCGCUUGCAUCGGCAGAAGACCGCAUUCGGCUGCAGAACCAGCGAUACCAGGCCCACUUGGAGCAACUGCGUCUGCAGGCUCGGCAGCGGGAGGAGGAGGAGCGAGUCCUGCGCGAGCAUCAGAGGGUGCAACGAAUGGAGGUGCUGGAACGCGCCAGGAAGAUCCUUACCGCACCUUUACCGCCUGAAGUUGCCAAGAAACCAACGGGAAAUGGGCGUGGCAGGAAAAAUCAACAGAAAGGGCGGAAAGCUAAUAAAGAAUCCAAGGAUGGAAGCGCGAAAAAGAAGAGCCGCAAAAGAGCUGCGGCCAAGGAACAGGACCUCGACUCUCUCAAAAAACCAAAGUCGAGGGAAUUCAUAGAUACGGAUGAUGAUAGCUCAGACGACAGUUGCACAGAGAGAGGGCUCGAUGAUAUAGUUAUUAAUCAGAAUAGCGAUUAAACCUUUUGCAACUAGUUUUCGGAUAUGAUAACUCUCUAAAACAGCAUGAAAC